GCACGAGGGGUCGGGCUUUCGUUCUUCGCUCACCUCAGCGCGAUUGGCCUGCCGCGCUGGUGGUGGCUCUCUGCGCCGUGGGUAUCGCGGGUGCCGUCAACGCCGCCUUCAGCCAGCGCUGGCCUUGGGCACAGCGCGGGAGAGGCUUGUGAGGUGGGGGCCCGCCUCGUGCCGCUCUCGGAGUGCAUCUCGGCCGUCGUGGAGGCUCCCGAGGAGCAGAGCUGCCCUGUGCCGUGUACCCCUUGCCUGGCUUGCCCCGUGGCAGGCGACGCGGGGCUUUCGUGGUUGAGCCAGCUGGUCAUCAGCCUGCUCGGCCUGAUCUUCCUGCAGGCUGGGAAGCUGCUGCUGGGGGCUGCCGCGCGGCUGCCGCUGGUGUUGCGGGGGCUCCUGGCCUCCUGCAGCUGUGGCGGCUCGGCGCAGGGCUCAGCCAGCCCGCUCGGGCUGGAGCCUGCGUAG